UGUACCGGAAAGUAGAAGAAAAAUCGCGGGUCAAAUCAGGUGGGAGUGGGAGCCGGGAGGGAAGGGAACAUCCUGCAACAAAAUCGGAAGCUCGUGAACUCAGUGCGCUAAAGCCAUGGCGGAAAGUGAGCCGACCCGGAUCUUGAUCGGAGUAAACGAGUCGACUAUCAAGGGGUACCCAAACCCUUCCAUUAGCAGCAGAGGAGCUUUCGAGUGGACUAUCAACAAGAUCAUUCGCUCAAACACCGCUGGUUUCAAACUUCUCUUCCUCCACGUUCAAGUUCCUGAUGAAGACGGUUUUGAUGACAUGGAUAGUAUAUAUGCGUCACCUGAUGAUUUUAAAAACAUGAAGCACAGAGAUAGGCUUAGAGGACUUCAUCUGCUGGAAUACUUUGUCGGUAGAUGUCAUCAAAUUGGGGUGGCCUGUGGGGCAUGGAUCAGACGUGGAGAUCCGAAAGAAGUAAUCUGUCAUGAGGUGACAAGAGUGCGGCCAGAUUUUCUGGUUGUGGGCAGCCGAGGUCUUGGCCCGUUCCAGAGGGUAUUUGUAGGUACUGUGAGUGAAUUUUGUGUGAAGCAUGCUGAAUGCCCAGUCAUUACUAUUAAACGCAGCGCCGACGAAACCCCUCAGGACCCAGUUGAUGACUGAUGUCUCUUCAGGUGCUUCAAGUCCUUGCUUCUGCUUCCGCACUUUUAUUCUGUUGUUAGAUAUCUGACAUUGGAGAUCAUCAAUGUUGAUUGACCUCAAAGAAAAUGAAUGCCAUUAAGAUUUGUCUACGAAGGUGUUCAAUAUAGGAUGAUGAGCAGGAUCCGAGCUUUCUUCCUUGCUCAUCCUAUUACCUCGAUACGUGUAUUUCCAUUUGUGUGUACAGAUAUAUUUGAUCAUAUUUCAGUUGCAUAUCUGUUUUGUA